CUAAGCCGGCCGCGCCACUUGAAGCCAAGUUUUCAAAUGUUAUGUCUCCGCUUGUUUCUCUCCAGAGCGAAGCGUCUGUCCAGCUCGCUGGUCGAAGGAUGCCGGGUUAAUGACACCUGCAGUCCCAUUUGCAGAGCCCCGAGCAGGCUCUGAACGCCUGAAGAAAGGAGUUUUGCGAAGUCCUUUCCCAACAGUAGCGCGCUUCAACCUUGCGCCUCAGUCCUCCUCGACUCCCAAAUGGGUAGAUGGUCUGGCUGGUCCUUUUCUGCCAUCAGCCCCUUUUCUGCCAUCAGCCCCCUACCUUUAGUCUGUGUGUUUCUCUGUCUCCCAGAGAGGGAUUAAUUAACCAGGCUGGAGCUGAAAGAGGCUGCCGUGACGAGCCCAGUGGCGAUUGGCCGCCUGCCUGCCUGGCCCUGCCUUUAUAAUUUCCACACGAGUGCAUCUGGGCUCUUAUACAAACCAACAGCCAGCUUCUUCUGACAUAUACACACACAUAUAUACACACACACACACACUCAGAGAGAGAGAGACAGACACACGCGGGGGAGAGACACCCAGAAAUUCCCACUCCAUCUCGCAGCCCUGCGCACACGCACGCACACACACGGUGGCUGCUCCAGGAGAAACAUAAAUAAAGGCAUACUCCGAUGGGUGAUUCUUUUGGCUCUUGGGAGCCUUGCUGUAUCUGGGUUCAAACUUUGGUUUUAUUUCGGAAACUACAGCGCUCAGUGCUUUCCGCCGUUCCCUUCAGGAUCCUCUAAAACCAAGCAGGGGUAUUGGUGUGUGUCUGUGUCUGUGUGUGCUUGGGAAAGACCCAGAGACCUGUCCAAGGCAGAACUGUCCUCCCCCAACCGCACGGAGAGCGCGAGCAGCUGAGCAGCAGCAGCAGCAGCAGCAGCAGCGCGACGCCUUUCGCAAAGCCUCUGGUUACGUUUCCCAGCGUAAGGCAGCCGGAUUCUACUCUGAAGUUGGCUCCAGCCUUAGCAGCCGCAUUGGAUCCCACAGCCUACUGCGAGACUCCGGUCUACAAUCCGGAUCUCUGCCCCAACAUGAUCGCGGCCCAGGCCAAACUGGUGUACCAUCUCAACAAAUACUACAACGAGAAAUGCCAAGCCAGGAAAGCGGCCAUCGCGAAAACUAUCCGAGAAGUCUGCAAAGUGGUCUCGGACGUGCUGAAGGAAGUGGAAGUGCAGGAGCCGCGCUUCAUCAGCUCCUUGAACGAGAUGGACAACCGCUACGAGGGCCUGGAGGUCAUCUCGCCCACCGAGUUCGAGGUGGUCCUUUAUCUGAACCAGAUGGGCGUCUUCAACUUCGUGGACGACGGCUCCUUGCCCGGCUGCGCGGUGCUCAAGCUGAGCGACGGGCGCAAGAGGAGCAUGUCCCUCUGGGUGGAGUUCAUCACGGCCUCGGGGUACCUUUCGGCCCGCAAAAUCCGCUCGCGGUUUCAGACGCUGGUGGCUCAAGCCGUGGACAAAUGCAGCUACAGGGACGUGGUGAAAAUGGUGGCGGACACCAGCGAGGUGAAGCUGCGCAUCCGGGACAGAUACGUGGUGCAGAUCACGCCGGCGUUUAAAUGCACCGGGAUCUGGCCCCGGAGCGCGGCCCACUGGCCCCUGCCCCAUAUCCCCUGGCCGGGACCCAACCGCGUCGCCGAGGUCAAAGCCGAAGGCUUCAACCUCCUCUCCAAGGAGUGUCACUCGCUGGCAGGCAAGCAGAGCUCGGCCGAAAGCGACGCCUGGGUCUUGCAGUUCGCUGAAGCCGAGAACAGACUGCAGAUGGGCGGCUGCCGAAAGAAAUGCCUCUCGAUCCUCAAAACGUUGCGGGAUCGCCACUUGGAGCUACCUGGGCAACCCCUCAACAAUUACCACAUGAAAACUCUGGUUUCCUACGAGUGUGAAAAGCACCCCCGGGAAUCGGACUGGGACGAGUCUUGCCUGGGCGAUCGCCUCAACGGGAUUUUACUGCAGCUCAUCUCCUGCCUCCAGUGCAGGCGGUGCCCACAUUAUUUCUUGCCCAAUUUAGACCUUUUCCAGGGCAAACCUCACUCUGCCCUAGAAAACGCAGCCAAGCAAACGUGGCGGCUGGCUAGGGAAAUACUCACCAACCCAAAAAGUUUGGAAAAACUUUAGAGGGCGAUGGCCGGGUGCGGCCCUAAACUAGUCGAAUGUCUUUCUGUCCCGAGGAUUCUGUUGGGGAAAGUCAGGUGUAGCCAUCCGACAAUGCAAGCGUCGCCCCUACAUGAAUGGGAUGAGGCCGCCUACCCACGCGCACAUGCACACAAAGCCACAGCAAGUAUUAUGAAACUCUUGUCAGUAUCACAAUCUUAAAAACCCUGUCCGAAAAACGUAUAUGAUUAUCACCAGGGGAAAUGCAAUAUCGGCUGCAAUUCAGCCUAAUUGUGACCACUCUGUCUAGAAACCAGACCAAUGGAUUAUGACAACAAGGCUGGUAUUUUUGUGUGAGCAAAAGCGAAUCUGAAGAUGCCACCUAAACAUCAACCAUUUUUUAAAAAAAACAAACAAAGCCACAACUAUUCCCACUCCCCUGUGUAGAUUUUUAAUUUGUAUGGAAUAUUGUGAUCUCACAUUGUCUUUGAAAUUGUGGAUGUCAGUGUUUUGUGAUUUGGUGAAAAGAAGUAAAAUUGCCAUUUUGGAUACUUCAGGACAUUUUCUGGUCAAGAAGAUACCAUUUAAAA